AUGGGUAUGUCACCCUCGAAUCACCACCGACGGCGAAGCUCGAUGCUCACAGGGGCCACUCGACCGACACACCCGGGCCCCUCGGAACGGAGAGAUGAUAGUCUUCGACCAGGGGAGGACAGAUACAAAUGGGAUGAACAAGAGCCAUUAACAGCAGAGGAUACCGAUACCUCGGAUCUAUCGGCAACGGCCAUGGACACACGCGAGCUAGACAUAAGUUCAGAUGAUGAUCAAUACGAUGAGGAGACCGGUCUCACAGCACACCAGAAACGUCAGCGACGUCGACGGCGCAGGCAACGCCGCAAGCUGGAUGCCCGUAUCGCCGACACCAAAUCUACCAAUGACAUAUUCCGCCUCGGUCUGGCAGAUCGCAAUGUUGUCAAGAAGCUCAUGGCUAAUGCAGGUUUGAUCCUCAUGUGGUACUUCUUCUCAUUGUCCAUUUCAAUCUAUAACAAGUGGAUGUUUUCCGAAAGCGAUGUCGUCUUCCCAUACCCCCUUUUCACCACUAGUCUGCACAUGGCGGUCCAAUUCACACUCGCCAGUCUUUUGCUAUACUUGUUCCCAUCCUUGCGCCCGCGUCACCCUGAACCCGUCACAAACUCGGCUACCGAGGAUCCAAAGACCGAGCCGGUGCUCACUAAAUUAUUCUACUUCACGCGCCUUGUUCCCUGCGGAGCAGCGACGUCCCUUGACGUUGGCCUGGGCAACAUGUCGUUGAAGUUCAUCUCCCUCACUUUCCUUACAAUGUGCAAAUCAUCUGCACUCGCUUUCGUUCUUCUUUUUGCUUUCUUAUUCCGCCUCGAGUCUCCCUCGGUGAAGCUGAUCGUGGUCAUCGCCGCAAUGACGAUCGGCGUGGUAAUGAUGGUCGCCGGCGAGACUGCAUUCAAUGCGCUUGGUUUCACCCUUGUGAUUGCCUCCGCCUUCUUUUCCGGAUUCCGAUGGGGUCUGACACAGAUUCUUCUGCUCCGUCAUCCGGCAACCUCGAACCCCUUCUCGACUCUCUUUCUUCUCACGCCCGUCAUGUUUGUUUCUCUUAUCGUUAUUGCCCUCGCCGUAGAGGGUCCUAACGAGAUCCACCAAGGCUUUCUUAAACUCGCCGAGCAGCAUGGAACGUGGGUUGGAACCGGCCUGCUGAUUUUCCCUGGAGUUUUGGCAUUCUGCAUGAUUUCAUCUGAAUUCGCCUUGCUGAAGCGCUCUUCAGUCGUCACUUUGAGUAUCUGUGGUAUCUUCAAAGAGGUUGUUACCAUCAGUGCUGCGGGUGUGAUUUUCCAUGACAAAUUGACCCCCGUUAACAUCACUGGCCUUGUUGUUACAAUUGGCAGCAUCGCGUGCUACAACUAUAUGAAGAUCUCCCGUAUGCGCAGCGAGGCACAAGAAAACUGGAGCCGUGAAGGUAGCCCAGAAUCUGACACCGAGGAUACCGAGCUUAGUGGAGCUGAGAACAGUGACUAUCAUCGCGUCGCAGAUCCCGAGCCGGAUGUGAUCAGUGCUGUCCCGGGGGAUCAUUUCGACGACGACCUGCAUGCUUCACCAGCAGGUGACCAGCGGCGCUCAUUCCGUGUCCGCGCCAGCGGCGCCAUGCAGGGGCUUACAAUCUCCACCUCCACUAUCCCCGAGAAUGAUGGACCUGGGUCGCCUGUUCUCAAAUCUGCCCCUCCAACCAUCACCUCCCUACCCGAUACACUCCCCGCACAUCUUCAAUCGUCUGAUGAAGAAGCAUCUUCAGACGUUCACACUCCUAUGAAACACUAG